AUGGGCGCGGGCACGCAGUACUACGUGGCCGUGGACCAGGCGCGCUUCAAGCUGGCAACGCUCGUGGACCUGCUGCACCUCAUCAGCCGCACCAUUCCCGCUGCCGCCUCCCCCGCUCCUCCUCCUAUUCCUCCUUCCCCCCCCUCCCCCUCCCCAUCGCCCUCCUCAUCCCCCUCCCCCUCCCUCUCCUCCGCGCCCACUGCUGCGCCACGGGUGGCGGCAGUAUCAGUGGUGAUCUGCUGUGGCACGCGCGACUCUCUGGACCACGUGCUCGCUGCUCUCUCGCCUCUCCACCACCGUUUCCUCCUCGCCUCCCUCGUACGCUCCCUCACACGCCACUGCUCCUGCCCUCCUCUCAUCCUCCACCCUUUCUCCCUCCCUCACCCGCCUUCCCCACCUCUUCCUCCACUGCACAGUGACCAGUCGGACGCCCAGCGCCGGGCAGUGCUGGCAGCCUUCCAUGCCGCCGUGGCUCUCUCCAGAGGCCUGCCCGCCCCGCCCCUCGCUCUGCCACUCGGCCCCCACCCUGCCCACUCGCUGCCGUCCGCUGCCCCUCCCUCACAUGGGCCGCACCGCACACAUGGAACCCCUGCCUUCAUGUCCCCACCCGCCCAUGCGCCUUGGCUGCACAGCCGCGUGGGUGAGGGGGGAGGGCAGGCAGCAGAGGUUGCAGAGCGGCGGGAGGAGGGAGGGGAGAGCGGGGGGGAGGAAGGGAAGGGGGGGCAGGGCGGGGUGGUGCCGGUGGUGGAGGUGACGGAUGCGUGCUUGCCGUGUGGCCAUGGGGGGGGAGAGGCGCCUCUGGGCGCACGGCUGCUCAUCAACUAUGACUUCCCCCCACGCAAGGACGUGUACCUGAGGCGAGUGGCCAUGUGCAUGGGGCAAGCAGCAGCAGCAGCCAUGCAACGCCCUGAACCCUCUGCCAGCAGCAGCAGCAGCGCAGCAGGCAUGUCGCUGCUGUUUGUGACGGGUGGGGAGGUUCCUGUGGUGCGCUCACUAGAGGACGCCCUGGGCACCUUGCUGCACGAAAUGCCCAUUGAUGUGUGUGAAGCUCUGAAGCAGUGA